AUACGAGUCCCGGAGCUUGAUUCUAGAAUGGCGGGCUUGCUAUGUCGACAAAAGAGAUAAAUUACAACGAAACAGGCAUGUAAAAGUGCUGAUGUGGAUCAGCCUGACAAGAGACCCUCCUAGACCUAUAUCAUCUGCUCUUCCAUCAUCUUGACCAGCUGUCUCCAUGACGACCCCUCCCCUGGUACCUUCAUUUGGUGGUCAGCCACCGCAGCUUCAGCAUCAGCAGCAGGCCCAGGCCGCUCGAGAUGUCAACACGUCCUCCUUGUGUCGCAUCGGACAGGAGACGGUCCAAGACAUCGUCCUCAGGACAAUGGAGAUCUUCCAGCUCCUCAGGAACAUGCAGUUGCCUAACGGAGUCACGUACCACCCGAACACCCAUCAGGACCGGCUGGGAAAACUCCAGGAGCACCUCCGCAUGCUCUCCGUGCUCUUCCGCAAGCUGCGCCUCGUCUACGACAAGUGCAACGAGAACUGCGCCGGGCUGGAGCCCAUACCUCCAGAGCAACUGAUACCUUUUGUGGAGGAUGAUGGAUCCAAACAUGAGGACCGUUCAGGCGGGCACAGCCACGUCGGCAGCGAGGAGAGGAGAGAAAUCCUGGAAGUCAACAAGAAACUGAAGCAGAAGAACCAGCAGCUGAAGCAGAUCAUGGACCAACUCCGCAACCUCAUCUGGGAGAUCAACUCCAUGCUGGCUGUCAGGAGCUGAGCCACACACACACACACACACACACGCACACACACACACACCAUCCACCUGAAGGAGAGGACGAGUGGGCCGAGGCUGCACUUUGCUCAAGAAACAGAAACUUUUCUUCCAGAUAAAUGUUUGAAACAAAAACACAAAGGACUCGUUCUGGUGUCAAACGCUUCUGUUUACGUUUCACUCAGCAUCACAAGUCGUCAUUAUUCAGGUUUGAUCUCUGCUUGAAGGAAUGAA